AUGCACGGUGAAAUCUUCGCGAUUCUUCGCGGUUACUCUGGUCUUUCUUCUCCAAACAAUUUCAUAUUUCCCCGCCUUACUCCCCUAGAGGAAAUACACGUUUUUUUUAUCAACAAAAUCUUGUUGAGCCCACACUUGUGCCGAUAUCCACCUUCUGAUCAAUACCAGAGACGGUUCUGGAAAUGGGCGAUCGAGAACCUCGAGGCGCUAUCUCCUGACGAGAACGAGGAUUUCGAACUUGAUCCUAAAAUAUACGAGCACUACCUUGGCCUUCUGCCUCCUCAGUCACUAGGCCCUUUGGAUGCCGAGUCCCGACCUCAAAUACGUGGACAAGCGAUUGCACCUGUACAAAAAACCCCGUCCCCGUCCUACAUUACCCACUACUGGAACCCUCAACCAACAAACCCAGACAACGUCUCCUCAUAUCUCAAAGCAACCCUCCUCGAAUCCCGUACUACAAUCGAGUCUGGAACCACCGGCCUACGAACUUGGCUAGCAAGCUUCGUACUUUCCCAGUACCUCAUCCUCCAUCCUGAGCUCAUCAGCUCGAAACGGAUUUUGGAACUGGGAUCGGGUGCCGGUUUUCUCGGUAUUAUUAUUGCGAGCCUCCAACGCAUCUCGAACCCUUCUGCAACUGGCGCUGUGUGGUUGACGGACAUCAACUACGUAGUCCUGGCAAGGUGUCGUCAUAACGUUACCCUCCCAUGCAAUCCCUCUUCAUCUCAUCGAAAUGUGAACUACCGUAUUCUAGACUGGUCAGCAUCGCUAGAGGAAAGCCGAUCGCCGGCCCUCAAAUCUCUAUUAAACGAGAUUGAUCCAGAACUGGUUGUCGGAGCAGAUAUUGUCUUUGACCCGUCGUUAAUUCUUGCGUUGAUUGGAACGAUCAAGUUUGCUCUUCAACCUCAAAGUCAGCUUGUGUCCGAUUCCCCAAAGCUGGCGUUGGUGGCGCUAACAGUGAGAAAUGGGGAAACCAUGGCGAAGUUCCUUGAUGACGCUCAGAGUGCAGGGCUGCUAGUAGUCGGCCUAGCCUUCGAAUUCGACAGGACACCGUUCUUAGAAACCGUUGAAGGCAACAAAGCCGAUGUCAGGAUAUUUCAAAUUAAACUGGUAUAA